GAACCGCUGUGGCCAUGGAGUCUGUGGAGACCCCUGUGAAGGACGGCAUCCUCUACCAACAGCACGUGAAGUUCGGCAAGAAAUGCUGGCGCAAACUGUGGGCUCUGCUGUAUGCGGGAGGCCCAUCCGGAGUAGCUCGGCUAGAAAGCUGGGACGUCCGUGAUGGAGGCCUGGGGCCAGCAGGUGACAGGUCCACAGGGCCUAGCCGUCGAGGGGAACGCCGGGUCAUACGCUUGGCUGACUGUGUAUCUGUUCUGCCGGCUGAUGGUGAGAGCUGUCCUAAGGACACUGGUGCUUUUCUGAUCACCACCACGGAGCGAACCCACCUGCUGGCUGCACAGCACCGUCAGUCGUGGAUGGAUCCCCUCUGCCAGCUGGCCUUCCCGGGUACUGGAGAAUGUUCCUCAGGAUCAGGACAGGCUGAGAGUCCAAAAAGGGGCUUUGUUCCCAUGGAGGAAAACUCUAUCUACUCCUCCUGGCAGGAAGUGGCUGAGUUUCCCGUGACAGUGCAGAGGACAGAGGCCACCGCCCGCUGUCAGCUGAAAGGACCCUACCUCCUGGUGCUGGGCCAAGAUGACAUUCAGCUGCGGGAGAGUUCCAAGCCGCAGGCCUGCUAUAGCUGGCCCUACCGUUUCCUGCGCAAGUUUGGCUCUGACAAGGGUGUGUUCUCUUUUGAGGCUGGCCGCCGCUGUGACUCAGGUGAGGGCCUCUUUGCCUUCAGUAGCCCGCGUGCACCAGACAUAUGUAGAGCGGUGGCUGCCGCCAUUGCCCGCCAGCGGGAGCGUCUUCCAGAGUUUGCCAUGUCCCCACCCUGUCCCCUGCCUCGGGCCCUCUCCCUGCCCUCCCUAGAACCCCCUGGAGAGCUUCGGGAGGUGGCCCCAGGAUUAGAGGUGGCCACUUCCAGAAAGCUGCCUCUAACUGAUCCUGGGCCUCAAAGCCUACCUCUGCUGCUCAGCCCCACACAAGAAGGAACAGCAUCCGGUCUCUAUGCAUCUGUGUGCAAACAGACCAGCAAGCACACAGGCCUGGUGGAGCACCUCUAUGAAAACGUGUGCAUGCUGGAGGCCAGCCCUGGGCUGUCCAAUGGGGGUCCUGAGGCCCAAGAGGGCCCUCCUGGUGGCCGCAGCCCCCUGGGCAGCCCCAUCUACCAUAACAGUGAGGAUCUAAGUUGGCCUGGCUCGGCCCCCGACAGCAAUCUGGAAGCCCAGUACCGGAGGCUGCUUGAGCUGGAGCUGGAUGAGGCUGGAGGUACUGGCCGCCCUGGAGCACAGGCAGGCAUCAAGGCCAAGCUGGUAACCCUGCUGACUCGUGAACGGAAGAAGGGCCCCGUCCCCUGUGACCGGCCCUGAAGGCCUGUGCAGCCACAGCAGGACAGAGGUGAUCUCCCAAAACCAGGAACAACUUCAAACAUAUCCUGUCUGCUCUGACCUGCGGGGACAAGCAAGGUGGCCUGGGGAGGAGCCACGCUCUGCCCUCCCUCUUUCCCUGAGACAGUCAGUGUAUAGAUUAACCAGUAAUAAAGCUUGCCUAUCAACUUCC